CUGAAGAGCACGUAAUCCUGCCGGAUUUGAAAUGGAAAAUUGUUGGUCCGUGUUUGGGCUAUUUACGGCGAUUAAGCUUCUCCUUAUACCAUCAUAAUUUAUUUUUCAGUCGCUCAACAGAUUUUGAAGUUCAUCGCAACUGGCUUGCUGUUACAAACAGUCUACCUUUGGAAAAAUGGUACUUUGAGAAAACAUCGGAAUGGACCUUAGACUAUCCUCCUAUGUUUGCUUGGUUUGAGUUUUUCCUGUCUCAGUUUGCACGAUUUUUCGACCCCAAUAUGCUGGUGCUGAGGAACUUAAAGUAUGCGUCAUUUAACACCAUACUGUUCCAACGUCUCUCAGUCAUCGUGACAGACCUUGUGUAUGUCUUUGCAGUAAAAGGGUUCUGUGACUGCUAUUCCGGGAAGAAAACAGAUAAAGAUUCUCCUUCCAACGGGUCAAGUCUGAUUCUAGCCAUCCUACUGCUUGGUAACUUUGGACUCAUUCUGGUUGACCACAUACAUUUCCAGUACAAUGGUUUCUUGUUUGGUGUUAUGCUGCUCUCCAUUGUUAGGAUUUAUCAGGGACGUCACAUGGAGGCGGCUUUAUGGUUUACUACCCUAUUGAACUUGAAGCAUAUCUACUUAUACAUUGCUCCUGCAUAUUUUGUCUACCUGCUCAGACAUUACUGCUUUAACAGCAAGAAAGAUGGCGGUGUCGCAUGGAAGAGUUUUUCACUUCAAAGAGUCAUCCAUCUUGGAUUUAUUGUUGUCAUGGUGUUUGGUGUAUCAUUUGGACCAUUUAUAGCUGCAGGACAGAUUGGCCAAGUUUUGAGUCGAUUGUUUCCAUUCAAAAGAGGGCUCUGCCAUGCCUACUGGGCACCCAAUGUCUGGGCACUGUAUAACAUGGCUGAUAAAACAUUAGCAAUUAUAGGUGCUAAGAUGGGAAAGAUAUCAAAAGAUGAAUUACAAGGUGCUUCUAUGACAGGAGGUCUGGUUCAGGAAUACAGUCAUACAGUGCUGCCAUCUAUUCCCCCAGUGGUGACUUUAAUUUGUACAGUUGUAGCAAUAUUGCCAGGCCUAGUUCACCAGUGGAUGUACUUAAAAGGACCACGGGGGUUUGUGAAAUGUCUGACUCUCUGUGCAUUGGGGGCCUACCUGUUUGGAUGGCAUGUUCAUGAGAAGGCAAUCAUUAUAGUAAUAAUUCCAUUGAGCUUAUUAGCGUUGGAUGGUGAAAAGUAUGGGAGAAUAUUUCUACUUAUGUCUACAGUUGGCCAUUUCUCACUGUUACCUCUUAUCUUUACUAAAGCAGAAACACCCAUCAAAAUCUGUAUGCUAGUCGCAUACCAGGGAUUUGCAUUCAUCUCUCUCAACAAAUAUUACAAUCGCAAGUCUCAAGGAUUUAGCCUGCCAUUAUUAAAUAAACUGGAAUCUCUAUACACCCUUGGGCUGGUACCAUUAUUGCUGUAUACAGAAUGUGUACAUAGACUUAUUGGACUUCAACAGCGUUUACCAUUCCUUCCCCUAAUGAUGACCUCUGUGUACUGUGCCAUAGGUGUAGUCUACACCUCAGGAUUGCUUUAUAAAACUGUCUUAAUGGAAGGACGUUUAGUUAAGGGACAAAAAGAUUUAAAACAGCAAUGAUAGUGUUGUAAAUCCUGUAUUUGUCAAUACUGUACAGUGAUCUCCUCAGAAUUUUAUCUCAUGUGGGUGCAAAAUUCUCAU